CUCUUACCUUCACUGACAUCUGUCACGUCAAUUGGCGAAGGCGAAAUUACUUCACGUGAACCAUCGGAAGGAAAUUAUUAAAAAUUUACAGACGGCUAUUCAGUUCGUCAAAAUUCUAUUGCAAUGAGCGAUAACGAAAAGGAAGAGGCUGCCAAUUUGAAAGAAGAAUUCGAAUGGGUUCUUCGAGAGGAGGUUCACUCGAUCUUGCAUCAGCUACACUCGGUUUUAGUCGGUUGCGCUCACAGAUUUCCUGUCCCCCUGUAUGGGAAUGAGGGCCAGAAACAAGACAAAUUUAUACUGACCUCGCAGCCUGAACAACUGAAAUGCAUUGUAACACUUACUGGCGACAGCAUAACUCAUGCAUCUUGUUUCUCCCACCAGGACAUAAGUUUCAAAGUGCUCCGGCAAAUGCACACAAUAUGCCGCACAUCAAUCAAUCAGGACGGGCCGUGGAAGCUUCAGCAGAUCCAGGACGCAGCCAACCACUUGCAGCAAGCCAUCGGCUACAUUGACAAUGUAGACAAACAUUAUAUAUUCAGGUCAUCAGAUGAAGUACUACAUAUAAUACAAUGCCUGAUUGGUUCCCUUCAAAGGGCGCGCACAGCUCUAGUCCUGCCAAAAAAGAAAGCCAUUGAUGAACUAAUGAAAAGUCGAAAUAUGAAAGCCCUAUCACCAAACCUACCCGAAGAUCUCGCAAUAUCAUUCUACAUCCAGUCCCACAAGCUGAUAUUCGUGGCCUACCAGCUCAGCUCGGUCCACGGCACCAUGCGUAUCGACUCGUGCCAGGCGGACUGCGCCGUUCCGUGGCUUAGUGAUGUCUUGUUCAUGCUGACGGCAGCGCUACACAUGUGUCAGCAGCUUAAGGAUAAGCUGUGUGUGUUCUCGCAGUACAAAGACUUCACGGUGGGCUCCCGCUCCGCGUCCAUGGUCUUAAACUGAUUUCCAUCUCCACGUGAUUCUCAGUAAUGUGCGUAUGAAUAUGAUUAACGGAUGUGGGUGGCCAGUCGAAGCUUUUUACAGACGGCGCCAUUAUAGAUUUCCAUGUUAAUCCUACCCAAUAUGUCAAAUUCUUUUUUUUAUUGUAUGACCCGGAUGCAAAGGCAAAAUCCCAUAGAAUAAAACUAGAGACAGGGUAAACCUAUGUUGGCGCCAUUUAUAAAAACCUUUGACAGUUGCUGUCCCCAUUGUAUGUAUGUGUAUUUAUUUUAUAGUUAACGAGUCCAUUGUUGAUAUUCUUGUUGAAUAUGUUGUAACAUAAUGUAUAUGCGUAAUAAUUAACAUUAAUUUAAUUAAGUAUAGUUAAGGGAGGUUUGCACGUGUUAGAAGGAUAAAGGAUGGUAGCUGUUGAAAUUAAUAUUAUGGCGCACUACAAAGCUGUUUCCACACUUAUAUUUAACUUGUCUCACCCUAAGAAAAAAAAAUGCCAUCACAAUUGAUACAAAAAAUGUAUCUGUCUGAAACGCUGACAUAAAUUUGCCAGUUGGCAUUUUGAAGUGUUCUGUUUUCAUAACCUGUAAAACUGAAUGCUACCCAGGAAGGAAUUGGAAGUUGUCUUUUCGCAUCCGAGACUAAAUAAAAAAAAAACAUUUCAGAAAUAAUAAAAUUUGGAUACUAAUUUAUUACAUUUCUAAAAAAUUAUGUGGACACAGCUUUUUACACAGAAGCAAUAUAGCACAGGGAUACCGCUGCCGAUAUACUUAAUGUUAAAUCACAAUUGUAUAGAGUUGUAACUUCACAGACUAUUUUGACAUACAAACAUGUUGGUAGAAAUUAUUUAGUCUUGUAAUAACUAAAACAGUCUCGUAUAAGUUAGGCUAAAGCAAUGCUUAUUUCUUGUACAAUGGGUGGUUGCAAUGAUGUCAAAUGUCAGGGGCCCAUUUCUCGAACGCUAUUAGACUAAUAUUAUUAGUCCACGAACUGUCAAAUCGUAUGGGUUGCCAUGACAACCCACUAAUAAUAUUAGACUAAUAUCGUUUGAGAAAUGGGCCCCAGUUUAGCGUUCUACAGACGUAUCAGUGAAUUACAAAAAAAACGAUAUAGAUUCAGCUAAAAUGAAAUAUGUAGUACACGUACCUCUCAUUCUAACAGAUAGCUGCAUCUCAUAAUAAAUUCAGUGCAAUGUUGUUAUGUCUGGAGGGCGAAUAAAUUGAAGCUAUAUACGGUCAAACAAGUUUGUCAGUAGGAAAAGGCGCGAAAUUCACAUUUUCUAUGGGACGAUAACUCUUCGCGCCUACAUUUUUUAAAUUUUGCCGCUCUUUAUAUAUAAAUUUCUAUAUACAUGUCUGAAUUUUUUUUAAAGCUCCUGCCAUACUUAUUAAAUAAACAGUGUCGGCAGUUGGUAUAAGACUUUCACUUCGCAAGACUAAUGUUAAAUCGUUAUACUUACACUAAACUGCUAAUAUUCGGUGCUAUAGAUUUUUUGUUACAGAAACAUGUCAAGUAUACACUGGAUGUAUUAUAAUUUUCUAUGGUAUUUUUUUAUCAAUCCAAUCAGGGGCCCAUUUCUCAAACGAUAUUAGUCUAAUAUUAUUAGUGUGUUGUCAUGGCAACGCAUACGAUUUGACAGUUCGUGGACUAAUAAUAUUAGUCUAAUAGCGUUCGAGAAAUGGGCCUCUGAUUCUGAUAUGACUGUUAAGAAUAGUUGUCUAUGUAGGCAAAUUGGCGUUUUUAGUACAAACGAUUUUACUUAUACGAGUUAUUUUUUCUUCCAAUCAAAAUGAAAACAACUACUUAAAUUCCCAAAACCUGGAAAAUUAUUAUUUUGUUUUAAAAUCAAUGAACUAUUCAUAUUUUAUGAUAUGUAUAAUUCGCACUGCGAUAUCUUUAUAGAACCUCGAUGAAAACAAUGCUUAUAAUCUACUGAAAAAAGCCAUUUGUAAAAUUGUAUUUGGGAUAGAUCUGAAAGAAAUGAAAGGUUGUUGGUUAGUAAUGUAAUUUUGGAGCAAUAACGCUUCUAUUGUUUUAAUCGCGAAAAUUAACGUAACCCUCGAAUGCAUUGUAGCUAAUUAAGUUUGUAGAAAAUAAUAUGAAUGUCUCUUCCUAGAAUUCAGAUGUCAAAUUUUAUUUUCUAUGAAAUUGUACUGCCCUCAUUAUAUAGUAAAACACUUAUCUAUACUUACCUUUAGUACCAUUACAUUAGAUGGAGACGAGUAGAAAAUUAAGAGCCUUAUCACACUGGCGAUUUGCAGCAGAGUUGAAAGUGAGACGACUAGUUCGUCGUGAGCGUGCAAUGAUUUUGCCGCGAUGGUGCUAAUGUGAUGAGGCUCUAAGCGCCGCUUGCACAUCCCACUAACCCGGGGUUAAAUGGUUAAACCGUUAACCCAGUGUCAACUUGUACUGGUAACCAUGGUAACCAGUGGCGUAGAGUGAACUAAUCUAGCCUUGGGCGAAAUCACAUCUAUGAGGCCUUUCUCUUUCACUGUGUCCGAAAGGGCAAAGGGCGCGAGGCCACUCUUCCCCCGGGUUAGUGAAUGGUGCAAGUGGCCUUAAGGGUCGGUUGCACCAAACUGUUCGUAUCGUUAAAGAGUACGUUAAAUUUUUAUGUAUGGAAAGUUUCAUAGUAAAGCGCCAGGGCGCGCCGGCUGACGUUGAUCAGUCUGUCAAAUGUGGUUGGUGCAACUGGCCCUAAGUCUGCUAAUCUUUGUGGAAAGUUCAUCUCUGCCCGAUGGCGCCACUUUAAACCUCGCUAUAGACAGUCCUGAUGUCAUCAAUUACCUACUACCUAUAUCGAUUGGUAGUCGAUAUUAUUUACUUGUCUCUUAAUUAGCCUAGGAUUGCCUUUGUUACUGUCCAGAAUUGUGCAAUUAAUAUAUGUUUAUAGGUCUAUGAAAUAUACAAAUUCAUGGAAUCAUUGUGUAAAUUCGAAUAUCAAAACACAUUCAUAACGGUUUCCAUUUAUGCCAUACAAGGCGGUCACUGACGAAAAUAAUGGAGGUUUAGGGUCUCCCCAAAUAUAUCGACGCGCAUUCGGCAAAAGCCGAUAGGAAAAAGCUUUAUGUCCGCGCAAUAAGAGCGAAAAAGUCGUCGUUCGGCUCGGCUCGCAUCGGCCGGCACCUGCCAACGCGUCGACGGCUUUUUCGCUCUUAUUGCGCGGACAUAAAGCUUUUUCCUAUCGGCUUUUGCCGAAUGCGCGUCGAUAUAUUUGGGAGACCCUUACAGACGUAGCCAUUUCGCUGGCCCAACAUUACACGGUUCUAUGUUACAUUUUCAAGACAGUUGAAUUUCGACUUAAUGUCACUAUAUGACAAAGUUCAAAUUUCAGUUUGAUAAAAGUGAAACAUAGAACCCUGUAAUAUUGAACAGCAUCGAAUGGCCUUUGACGUUGCAAGCGGCAGCGUCAACAGCGUCAAAUGCAGCGGAUUUGCUCGGAGCGUUCAUUUUGGCUACCUUUCCGCUGAGGAGGAGGAGGAGAUGUAACACUUUAAACUCUCGCGUUUUGUACACAUAUUCAAUUACACAAACGGGUCUACCGCGAUAUAAUUAUAUCGCGGCAGACCCGUUUGUGUAAUUGAAUAUGAGGAGGAGAUGAUUGGAAAAUUAACCAAUAGCACUCUCAUCUUCGCCUCAGUGGAAUGGCUGCCUUUGGCCAAUUUGGCCCACUACAUAGGCCAACAAAUUUAGCAACAAGUUGCAUGGUGACAAAAUUUUUAUAUCUGUAGAUCUCUCAUAUUAUGUUUUAGGAUCUGAUCAUAAAUGCAUAUUUCUGUAAUAGUUCAAAAGUUUUUUGCUGAUGUAAUAUCAUAAUUACAUAUAAAAUAUAAGAAAAAUACCUGCAAUUAAAAAAAUCAGUCAUUACAUUAUGUUGCAGUAAAAGUCAUCUGUUAUAUUUUAGUAAAAUUUACUAUGUAUCUUUUAAUUUAAGGAUCUAUUAUGAAUUAUGAUGUAAAAAAAUAUAAUGUGAUAAUAAAUCAAACAACGGAAUUGGGAAAUAAAUAAUGUUAAAAUUGUAUUUUUAUGCACACAAUAAUAAUUAUAGUUAUUGUUAACGCACUUUCUAUUGUAACUUAUAACCGUUAAGUACACGUAGGUACCGACCUUAUUUAGUCCUUGUAAUUAAAGAAAUGUAUUAUUGUAUUUUUUAAGUUAUUUAAUCAAUACAAACGGUACCUAAAGUCAUAACUCCACUAGUUUUCUGGUAUCGGUUUAGAAAUAUGCAGGCCAUGCACGACUCGUGCAAUAAUAAUAUUGUUUAUUUUUAUGUUAAAAUACCUAUAGCAAAGAGUUAGUUUUUGUAGAAGAAUAUAAAAUAGUCUAUGAAAAAUUGAUGCUUCGAACUUGGCAGCUAAGCAGGGCAAUGCUAACUAGAUAUACUUGGUCAAGCAGAUCUUGUCAGUAGAAAAAGGCGGCAAAUUUGAAAAAUGUAGGCGCGCAGGGAUAUCGUCUCAGAAAAUUUGAAUUUCGCGCCUUUUUCUACUGACAAGAUUUGCUUGACCAUCUAUAAGAAUAAGAAUAAUAAAGAAAUAAGAUGCGUACGCAUGCGGGUCUGCGGGACGGUGAAAGCAUGCGUAUUGCGUACGCAUCUUCAUACUAACGAGCAAUUUCUCAUAUAUAAAAUGCGGCCCAAUACUGACAGAUGUGAUUCCACCUAUAAUCUCUUCUAUAAUCAAUAAUUCUUUGCUUUAUAGUAUAAGAGGUCUCCAAUAUUUGAUUAUUGUCCAAUAAUUUAUGUAUCCAAAAACUGCAUUUAUAAUUAACAUUUUCUUUUUAUUAGACCUCUCAAGUACCACCUGUGUAAUUUUUUUGACAUGUUUGACAAUAAAAUUAUACUAUACUAGUAUUAUUAGGUAGUCUCGGACUAUUUAAAUCUGUAAUAUAUAAUAAAUAAACCGUUCUUGUGAUUGUGUUGUAUUUCAGUAAACCAAAAUGCUGUUA